UCUCUCUUGGGCUGCUGGCAAUACUAGUCUAGUCGCAUUCUACGAAAGAUCUUUGAAAUUGGAUCACAUACCCGUACAUCACCACUAGCUACCUUAAUUUAUUCAAAGGUGAGCCAUGUCGUCGGUUCCCUCCAGCACAGACUCUGUGGGCCCCGUGCCCUCCGUCUGCCCCCAUGCAGCCAAACUCUGCAACGCACAGGCCAACGGAGUGGCCACCAUUUUGAAUGGGGGGUCCAAGGUCAACGGAGAAGCCAUGUUGAACGGCCACAAGUUCUCCGUGAAUGGAUCGGCUCAAGUGAACGGGGACAGUGCUGGCCAUAAGGCCCAGAACGGGUCGGUCCAUGUGAACGAGGACGAGGAAGAGAACGACCUGGAGAAGGCAGCCGCAGGCGUGGAGGAGAGGCAUUGGAUCCGUCCUGACUUGCCCAGCAAAUGCACCUGGAAACUGGGCGGGUCUUCCACCGAGUCCCCUCACUGCCACUCUGCACUGACUGAAACCCCCAGUAUUCUACCCAACAUCCUCGGGAAGAUCGGAGACACACCUCUGGUCCGCAUGAACAAGAUCCCCAAAGCCUUCGGCCUUAAGUGUGAACUUUUGGCCAAGUGUGAGUUCUUCAACGCAGGGGGCAGUGUGAAGGACCGUAUCAGUCUAAGGAUGGUGGAGGAUGCAGAGAGAGCUGGGAUCCUCAAACCAGGAGACACCAUCAUCGAGCCCACCUCUGGCAACACAGGUAUUGGUCUGGCCCUGGCUUCUGCAGUUAAAGGCUAUCGCUGCAUCAUCGUCAUGCCUGAGAAGAUGAGCAUGGAGAAGGUGGAUGUGCUGAGAGCCUUGGGGGCGGAGAUCGUGCGUACCCCCACCACCGCACGCUUUGAUUCACCGGAAUCCCACGUGGGCGUGGCCUGGCGUCUGAAGAACGAGAUUCCCAACUCUCACAUCCUGGACCAGUACCGUAACCCUAGCAACCCCCUGGCCCACUACGACACCACUGCAGAGGAGAUCCUGGAGCAGUGCGAUGGUAAGGUGGACAUGUUGGUGGCAGGAGCUGGCACAGGUGGCACCAUCACUGGCAUCGCCCGCAAGCUGAAGGAGAGAUGCCCCAACAUCAAGAUCGUGGGUGUGGACCCUAAGGGUUCUAUCCUGGCUGAGCCAGAGGAGCUGAACAAGACAGAUAAGACCCAGUAUGAGGUGGAGGGCAUCGGAUACGACUUCAUCCCCACCGUACUGGACAGAUCUGUAAUUGACAUGUGGUAUAAGUCCAAUGACGAGGAGUCCUUUGCCAUGUCACGCAUGCUGAUCAGGGAGGAGGGGCUUCUCUGCGGAGGUAGUUCAGGCACAGCCAUGGCUGCAGCAGUUAGAAUGGCCACAGAGCUGAAGGAGGGACAACGCUGUGUUGUCAUCCUGCCUGACUCCAUCCGCAACUACAUGUCUAAGUUCCUGAGUGACAACUGGAUGUGUGAUAAGGGCUUCCUAACCCCAGAAGACCUGAUGAUGUCCAAACCCUGGUGGUGGAACCUGAGUCUGCAGGCUCUGAACCUAUGUGCCCCCCUCACUGUGCUGCCCUCAAUCAACAUCAAGAGGACCAUCAAGAUCCUCAAGGAGAAGGCCUUCGACCAGGCACCCGUCGUUGACGAGUCCGGCAUGAUCCUAGGUAUGGUUACCCUGGGCAAUAUGUUGUCUUCAGUACUAGCUGGGAAGGUUAAGGCCUCUGACCCUGUCGCCAAGGUGCUUUACAAACAAUUCAAACAGGUGCGACUAACAGAUAACCUGGGAAAGCUAUCCCGUAUCCUGGACACAGAUCACUUUGCCCUGGUGGUGCAUGAGCAGAUCCAAUACAUGGAGGAUGGCUCACCCUGUCUUAGACAGAUGGUAUUCGGGGUGGUAACGGCCAUUGACAUGCUUAAUUACAUCACCACGCGCGAGAGGCGGGGAAGCGCACGAGAGCGCACGCUGUCAGAGUGCUCAAUGACGUCAGAGUGCUCACUGACCGACUAGCUGUCACCACUUCCUGUUUCCUGUGGAGAGUAGGAAGUGACCGCCCGCUUGACACCCUCUGAGUAACGACAAUGACAAUGAAGAAGAUUAUGAAGAUGUAGACUUUUAGGAGUGGCGGGGGUUGUGGUUUAGUCUUAAAAGAAGUGUAUAGUCAUUUCCUCCCUUUUUGGCUACAUCGGUUUUGUUAUUUGUCUGUGAUGACAAUAAUUAUUCAUUGUAGCCUAUACUGCGAUUGAAGCAACUUAGCUGGUUUCAGAUACAUAGUUUUCCGCUAACUUUAAGGUAUAGAAAUUACAUGUAACAAACAGUGUGCAACUCGAGACACUUCCAUCUGUCUUGCCUCUUCAUUAUUGAAAGUAACUUUUACUUUAAGAUCUACAUAUAAAUAGUGUUCCUCUGACUUUAUUUUAUUGCCGAUAUCAAUAUCAUCGCUAGACUAACAACUCAGUAAAUUUGAAUCUUUCAGCUAAAUAGUCAUCAUAUAGCUACCAUUUUGUAUUGCAUUAAGAUUUGUAUGUAACUGAUAUGCAAAUGUGACAUUCAUCUUUAAGACUUUAAAGCACAUCAUAGAUUCUUAAUUACUUAUUUGAUACCAACGAAGUUACAUCGCCAUGUAGUGGCAGCUAAAGACAUGGCAUGUACCAAAAAAUGGUUAUUUGUGUUGUUCAAUCUGAAAUGGAUACCAAGACAACAUUCACUGACAACAUUCAAAGAGAUAGGAUGUCAGUGAAGGGUACCUGUCUUUUGUUUGAAGGGGUUGGAAAGUAAGCAAGGUCACAGGGUAGGUCAGGUUAAGGAUAGGCGAGUUUGGCACACAAUCAAACUGCAACCCAAACAGUAUGCCUUGUGUUGGGUAAUUUUUUUAUUGUAUUGAAUAAGGCUGUAUUGAAUAGUUUGUUGGUUGAGAGUAUUUAAAGCAGAGAGGCCCCUCACAGUGCAGGUGUUUUAUACAGGCCUGUCUGUCUGGGACAGUUUGUUUAAGCCAAGGGUUGGGUUGUUUGAACUUUUUACAAUUUUUCUGUACUUUUUGACUUUAUGUACAAUCAUUAAUGUGUAAUGUUAUGUAUGACCAUGGACCCAGAGCUGUUAUGAUCUAUUCACUUUAGCAGGGAUGUAUUUGUAUGUAAAUAUGUCUUUAGUGUUCUUAAGUAUGAAAAAUGUAUGCACUCACUAACUGUAAGUCGCUCUGGAUAAGAGCGUCUGCUAAAUGACUAAAAUGUAAAUGUAAACGUUAAGACAGAUGCUGCAGUAUUUGCGUGAGGUGAUGUGGCUAUGGUUAUGGAGGUGAUAUUUGAACUACAUUCCUGUCUCUGUAUUUCCACCCUGGCUCUGGGUCCAGCUGUUCAUUUAAUAUUUAUCUUGAUUUUUCUAUUCAGGUUCUUUUGUGAUGUAAUUAUAUUCUCACUAGCUUCCAAUAAAGGCUUGUUAUUUUUCUCUUGAA